GCAACCUCAGGCCCAGCCAUUUUGUCGACUCACUGCUCCCAAGGGAUUGGGCUUUUCCCCUGGAUGUGGCGGAGGUUUCUUUGUCCUCGGUGCAUUGGCGCCAUGGAGGCACAGCCCAACUACUAUGAUUACCCCAACUUCUGCAUCGAGUAUUGGAUGCAGAGUUCUCCUGCUUGGCCUACACCAGAUUUUCCCGCUGUAGCCCCAGGUUGCACCUUCUGUGAAGGAGCUCUCGGCCUCCUGGGGCCCAACUGGAGCUGUGAGGGGUACCUGGAUCACGCUGCCAACUACUGCCCGCCUCAAGUGGUGAACUUCAGCCAGAGAGGUUACGCUAACCGCCGUGAGGAUCAAGCUCACCAGGAGCCCCAGCAGCUGCCGCCCACUCAGCAGAAUCCCUCGGAUGCCAGGGGUCGGCGUGGGCGCCGGGGUCCACAAGUGCGCUUCCAGGCCUGGCAGGUGGAGAAACUGGAAAGUGUUUUCCGAGCAACUCAGUACCCGACUGUGACCACCAGACGCCAGCUUUCAGGAGACCUGGAUGUGGCUGAAAGCAAAGUGAAGGCUUGCUUUAACAGUCGGAGAGCCAAAUACAGGAAGGACCAGAGAGAAAUGCUCAUGAAUGUUCCACCUGCUUCUCAGGAUCCCCGUCCUAGCGAGGAGGUGGGAGAGCUGCUCUAAGGUGCAGUCCUUUUUCAAGAUGGAGAUCAUAUUUGGCGUUUUGUUCCCACGGUCAUCUGUGCCACCAAUGG